GUGACUAUGACUUUUUAAUUUGUCUUGUCAUCUGUAAAGCGAAUAAAUGCAAUUUAUUGUUUUCUGUUAAUUUUAAUAAUUCAAAAGAAACUCAUCGUACCGCAUAUUUUUUAAUAAUACUGUGAUUAGUUUAUAUAAUUUUAAAUAAGUACCAUCAUGCCGCAGUACAAGGUUAAAGUUAAAUGGGGAAAGGAAUCAUAUCCAGACAUUGAAGUAAAUACAGAUGAGCCUCCUUUGUUGUUUAAAGCACAGUUAUUUGCUUUAACUGGAGUACAACCAGAAAGGCAGAAGGUUAUGAUCAAAGGAGUUACACUGAAGGAUAACGACUGGGAUAAUUUUAAAAUAAAGGAUGGGGUUACAAUCCUUUUAAUGGGCAGCAAAGAAGAGGAUGUCCCAAAGGAACCAGUAGAAAAAACAGUCUUUGUAGAAGAUAUGAAUGAGAGUGAAUUAGCUACUGCGUUGGAUUUACCAGCCGGUUUAACAAACUUGGGGAACACUUGUUAUAUGAAUGCUACGGUUCAGUGUUUAAAAGUCGUACCGGAACUAAGGGAAGCCUUACAGACUUUUCAAGGAGGUGUUGCUCCAGCUAACAAUGUAACUGCAUCACAGUCGAUUACUGCUGCCCUUAGGGACUUAUAUGCCAGUAUGGACAAAGGGAAUACAGUUCCUCCAAUAGUCCUACUACAAGUGUUACACAUGGCAUUUCCUAGAUUUGCUGAAAAAAAUGAGCAUGGAGGAUUUUCACAGCAGGAUGCCAAUGAAUGCUGGACAGAAAUGGUGAGAAUGCUGCAACAAAAACUUCCUGCGAAACUAAAUGGUGAUAGUCCCCAAGAACAUUUCAAAUCUCUAAUAGACCAAUACUUUGGUGGUACUUUUGAUGUUGAAUUAAAAUGUGUGGAAGCAGAAGAUGAGCCUGUAUCCAAAAAUAAAGAGCAAUUUCUACAAUUAAGUUGUUUUAUUUCUCAAGAUGUUCGAUAUAUGCAUUCAGGGCUUAAGAAUAAAAUGCAAGAACAGCUUACGAAAAAAUCAUCUACUCUAGAUAGAGAUGCUGUUUAUAUAAAAACUAGUAAAAUUAGCCGUCUACCGGCCUAUUUGACGGUUCAGUUUGUUCGGUUCUAUUAUAAAGAGAAGGAAUCGAUAAAUGCCAAAAUUCUCAAGGACGUAAAGUUUCCUCUAGAUUUCGACGCUUUCGAUUUGUGUACCCCAGAGCUGCAGGAAAAGUUGGCACCAAUGAGAUCUAAAUUUAAGGAAUGGGAAGACGAACAAGUAGAACUCGCGGCGAAAGAUAAAAGUAAAAGUAAGGGAGACGUGAAAUCAAAAGAAGACAAGAAAUUUGCCCCGUACUGGUUUGAAAAUG